UGCGCGCCGCUGACGGCGGAGAUGAAAUUCCCGUGCUCGGUUCUGGCGUCCGUGUUCCUGUUCGUGGCCGAGACGUCGGUGGCGCUGUACCUGAGCAGCACCUACCGCUCGGGCGGGGAUGGCAUGUGGCAGGCGCUGACGCUGCUCUUCUCGCUGCUGCCCUGCGCGCUCGUGCAGCUCACGCUGCUCUUCGUGCACCGCGACUUCAGCCGCGACCGACCGCUGGUGCUGCUGCUGCAUCUGCUGCAGCUCGGGCCGCUCUUCAGGUGUUUUGAAGUCUUCUGCAUCUACUUUCAGUCAGGCAGCAGCGAAGAGCCUUAUGUCAGUAUCACCAAGAGGCGUCAAAUACCCAAAAAUGGCCUCUCAGAGGAGGUUGAGAAGGAGGUGGGCCAGGCAGAGGGCAAGCUGUUUGCCCAUCGAUCUGCAUUCAGUCGAGCAUCAGUGAUCCAGGCUUUCCUGGGCUCAGCCCCCCAGCUGACCCUGCAGCUGUAUAUAAGCGUCUUGCAGCAGGAUGUCACCAUCGGAAGAUGUCUCUUCAUGUUCAUAUCCCUGUUGUCCAUUGUAUACGGAGCUUUGCGCUGUAACAUCCUGGCCAUCAAGAUCAAGUAUGAUGAAUACGAAGUCAAAGUGAAGCCUCUGGCCUAUGUCUGUAUCUUCCUCUGGAGGAGCUUUGAGAUUGCCACUCGAGUCGUGGUCCUGGUCCUCUUUACCUCCGUCCUGAAGGCCUGGGUGGUGAUGGUCAUACUCAUCAACUUCUUCAGCUUCUUCUUGUACCCCUGGAUCCUUUUCUGGUGCAGUGGCUCUCCGUUCCCUGAAAACAUUGAGAAAGCCCUCAGUCGGGUGGGCACCACCAUUGUGCUCUGCUUCCUCACCUUACUCUAUUGCGGCAUCAACAUGUUCUGCUGGUCAGCUGUGCAGCUAAAAAUCAACAACCCCGACCUCAUUAGCAAGUCCCAGAACUGGUACCGGCUCCUGGUAUACUACAUGCUGAGAUUCAUUGAGAACGCCUUCCUCCUGCUAUUGUGGUAUCUCUACAAGACUGACAUCUACAUGUAUGUGUGUGCGCCUCUGUUGAUUCUGCAGUUGCUAGUUGCGUACUGCAUAGCUGUUCUAUUCAUGCUUGUGUUCUAUCAAUUCUUCCAUCCUUGCAAAAAGCUCUUUUCCACCAGUGUUUCUGAAGGUUUUCAGCAGUGGCUAAAGUGUAUUUGCUGUUUCCCCAGGCGGCAGAGACCCCGUGAGUCUAUAGCAAAGACAGAUGUGAGACUAGCAGGAGUCAGCGAUGAGAUACCUUCUAGCAGUAAAGUAACCUCUGUGAUCAACCAGACCGGGUAUACUGAGGAGUUCUACUCUGCUUAAUAGGACUUGAGUUUCUUGGGACACUGACAUUGUUUUCUGGGUUGAUUUCUGUUCUUCACACAAGUGAUGAGUCCUGCACAGUUAACAAAGCAGGAUAUUCAUCUCACCUCCUUGUGGUUCACUUCCCUUUAGAGAGUUCUUGCUUGGGCAUGUGGGCACUAUGGAAGAAGCUAGGGAGACCCUGUAGUGUUGGAGGCUCAGCGUAAGGCACUACCAUUCAUACUUGACCAUAUUCUCCCAGGCUAACUGACCUUUUCACUGCCAUGAUGUCUGAGUUAGACUGGUUAGAUCCAUCAGGUAGAGUGAUGAAAGGGACUUUCGUUUUUCUGGUUUUCUAGACUACUUGUCUAGGUUGCCUAAUGUUUAUUAUCUCUGAGCAUACUUAUCACCCAAGAGCUGUCCUGAUGACCAGAGAAGGUCCCUGGAGUUUUGCUAUCAGCAACAUCAUUUCUGUCAGAGUUUUCAGAAAGAGCUGUUCAAGUUUGGGUUUUAAUAGAUAGAUGUUCCAUUAUUAUCUCAUUAGGGUUCUUUGUACAUAACCAACUGUAGCCACCUUGGACUGAUGUCUAAAUGAUUCAAAAGUCUAGAUUUAGAGACUUUAUUCCUAAGAAUAAAUGGAUACAAAAUUGAAUUGUAAACAUGGUUAUGGAAGCCCUAGAAUUUUAGGAAAGUUGUUUCCUUCCCACAUGUGGAAGAAAUUCUGGAUCAAGGGAGUUAUUAAAAUAUCUAAAUGUUGUAGGCUUUUAUAAGCAGGAUUCUUACCUUCUCUGGAUGGUAAAAGAUGUGAAUCUACUAGACGGUAGUCUUAAACUUCUUCAAAGUUCAGUAUUGCCCAUUAAUUCCAGGAAACUUCUAGUAGAAUUUUCUAGGGUUUGCCUUCUUAAAAAGGAAUGUACUAAAAUUCAUAGUCUUCACACACUCUCUUCCUUUCCUGUCAGGAAUUUUUUGUUCUAGAAAAUGUCACAGAAAUCUCUCACUUAGCUCAGGUAUAUAGGCCAUUUUAAUUUCUAUUAUUUGAAAGAAAAGGGUUUACUUCCCUCUGCUCCCCACCCCAGUUAGAUAUUAACUUUAGAAACUUCCAUAUUAUAGAAAGAGAUGAAAUGACCACAGGACUUUUGUCUUUAUCCAAAUGCAUUUAGUUUGGCGUGAUUGUGAGCUACUUUGAACAAGAUUUCCAAUUUAUCCUUCUGCACUCUCCCCUCUUCAAUAUAAUAUCUUUUUGUCUAAACCUUAUUUAUUUCAUAAAGGGAUUGUGUACCAUAUCCUCAAUUAUCUCGGGAAAAUGCCUGGAUCCAGUGACAUUAUUUCUACUAUUAAAACCUUUGUAGUGAAAUAUCUGGAAACAGGUGAGCUGGCACUGACUAGGCUGGACAUUGCAGGUCAGUCAGGGUUGACAGUUAGCGGAUUCUAAUGACUAAACUUUCCAACCUGUCCAGUUUCCAACAACCAGUCUAUCAGGGAACAGAUUAAAAAUGGUAAGUUUGAGUAAAUUUGUGGUAAGAAUUAGACAGGAGGAGAUACUGGUAUUUAAUAGCCUUCAUUUGAGGCCUGUCUUAAGAACCACUAUAAACUCUGAACCUUCAUUACUUUUUAAUGUAGAGGACAAGUAAGUAUCUUGAGUAACCUCAAACCAAGCUAGUAGUGACUGUCUGUGACAGUAUCCCAGCCCAAUUAUAAGCCACAUUUCUAAAGACAAAAAGAAUUGGUAACGAAAUUGUGCAUUUUGUCAUCUUUAACCCUUGAUACAAAAAUACUCCUGCUUUGGGGUCAUCCAUGUAUGUCCAUCCACUCUGGGGGAGAGAAGUCACUUUUUUUUUUCUGCAUGGUGAAAAUCUUAAGUCAUGGUGAACUGAAAAUUUUUGUUUUAAAAUGAUACCUUGAAAUGACAAAUUAGUUUAGACUGCUGAGCUAGGUUGCCCUGAAAACAAACAGCAAAUUCCCUUGUGUCUUGAGAGUUAAAAUGUAUUUUUCAGCUAUAAUUCUUAUUUUUAAAACCCGUAGUGCUUUGUGUUUCCUCUAAUUAGCUAUAGGCCAUAACUUGUCAUGCCAGCUGCUCCACCUGAAUCACUCAUUUGGCUGGAUGGAGAUGAAGUAUUCCUCAGAGUAUAUUGAAAUAGCAUCUUCAGACAUGUUUAGACUUUCUCUUCAGUGUAGACUGAUAUCUCCUUGUCCAGCCCUACAAGCUACUGAAUUGCCCGAUACCUCAGUUUCCUCACCCGCCAAAUUGGAUGAUAUACCUGCCCAACCUACCUCACAAAGUUGUCAGAAAGCUCUAUUUAAAUAAUAAGUGUGAAAAUGCUUUGAAAACAUUUGUAAAGUGCCAUGUAUAUUUAAGGUGUUGUUGUUAUAGUUAUUCAAAUCCAUAAACAGGUUAUGAUUACUUUACUGUUAGACAAGAAACAAGUAGUAUCAUCCACAUGAGUGUCUUGAGUCAAUAUGAUGGCCUUUGGCCUUGUGGAAGGGCAAGUGUACAUGGUCUUUACUCCGCUCUUGUCCCUUAUCAUCAGUUGUUUGCAAAAUUUAGCACCCAGACACGUAGCUCUUGAAGGAAAAAGACCCAUUGAAAUCUGGUAAAUUGUCUUUGAUGGCAAAUAAAUGUAUCACUUUUGUAUCGAUUGUCAUUCAUAACAUUCAAAGCAGCAACUUUUAUAUUGUGAUUUACAUCUGGAAAGUGAUCCUGCUAGACAUCAACUGAAUGUGGGCACAACCUUUUCAGCCUUGUAAAUGGGAAAAUAAACAUUAAAAUUGACUGUAAAAUAUAACAUUUCCUUGGAAACCACCUUAGAAUAUUAGUGCUGUGGUUAUGAGUGUGUCCAUACUUCUCAGACAAUAAAUUGUGGAUGUGAAGUUUUGUAGGCUGCUUCUUUGCAGUCAUGACUAAUAAAUAUUGUGUAUGUUUUCUCAUAUAAUA